AUGGCGCGCAAUAGCGAGAAGGCGCAGUCGAUGCUCUUCCGAUUUCGGGCCCAGCAGGCCGCGGAGAUCGGAAUCAUCGACAUUGGACGAACUCGACGCCCUAAGGCCAUCACGUCGGUCGACUCCAUCCCGAUGUGUGAGAAAUGGCGAGGUCAGGUCCUGAAAGAAAUCUCGCGGAAGGUGUCUCGAAUCCAAGAGCCGAGCCUGAGCGACUACCAGAUCCGUGAUUUGAAUGACGAGAUCAACAAACUCAUGCGAGAGAAAUGGACAUGGGAAAUGCAGAUUCGGAAUCUUGGUGGACCCAAUUAUAUGCGUGGCUCAGGCCGUGUCUACGACGAUGAAGGGCGGGAAAUUCCAGGAGGUGGCAAGGGAUACCGGUAUUUUGGUCGUGCGAGGGAACUACCCGGCGUCAAGGAGAUGUUUGAAGCUGCCGCUCGACGAGGUCGCGGACCUGCGGAGGAAGAAGAGGAGAGCCGUGGGCGAGGGGGUGAUAUCGCAACCAAGAAGGUGGAUGCCAACUACUUCGGCUAUGGUUUGGACGAAGAAGAUGGCACGCUACUUGCUUAUGAGAAGCAGAAGGAAAAGGAGGCCAUCGAGCGUUUGCGUGGAAAGAAGGAGGAUGAUGCUGAGGAUGGAUGGGAACCCCUACCGGGAGACGCCGGUGACGGGGUCGAAUGGCGGUUGCCAACCCUUGAGGAGGUCCAGGAAGAGCUCGUGGAUCGGAGACGGAGACGACUGCUAGAUAAGAUCACUUAA